CUAUAUAUAGUGGUUUGUUCAUGAGUUGUUCCACAACAUUCUCUCCUUGUUUUCCUUUACAUAUAUACAGAUUUUGGACUGCUUCCCUCCAUACAGUUAAGCUGUGACCUGUUCUUGCAUUGCAUUCAGCCAUGGAGAAGACGGUUAUCGAGCGUUUCUACCACAAACAUCCUUUGAUUCUUGCAAAAAAUGAGAGUGAAAAAGAGAGUAAUCUACAUUGUUAUGGUUGUGGUAAUGACGUAGCCAAAUUGGAGGUGGCAUAUGUUUGCAGGGUGCGAAAUUGUUCGAAUAGGAUUAUCCUCCACAAGAAAUGUGGAGACUUACCUAGUCAGAUUUCGCACCCUAAACACCCUCAUCCCCUUCACUUAUUUGAUUACAACCCUCUCUCAUCUGAUCCUUGGUGUGAUGUUUGUAUGCGCAAACUUGGUUCGGCGCUUGGUUACAAAUGUUCUAGUUGUAAUUUCGAUUUCGACAUAACAUGCCCAAAGAUAAGUAUAGAUGCCUUAUUAAACAAAAAAAGAGAGUUAUCACACCCAAGCCAUCCUCAUCACCCUUUGACACUGAUGAGGAAGUCCCCAUCGUUUCCGUUUUAUUGUGAUGGUUGUGGUGACAAAGAUGUGGACAUGGCCUACAUAUGCAGCAUAUGUGAGAUUUGGGUUCACAAGAGGUGUGCAUUGUUGCCCCCCCUUUUCCCCAAAAAUCGCCACGGCCACCACCACCACGACCUUACCCUGGCCUUCUCUUUUCCAACCAAACAUCGCAAGUAUAUAUCAUAUUGUGAUGUUUGCCACAAAAGGUUGAAUAAAACAUAUUGGGUGUAUUUUUGUGGUGAUUGCAGAUUCUUUGCUCAUCUCCAAUGUGUCGCAUUCACGACUAAGAUCCCAAACUCAGAACAGGGUGAUGGUGUGAUUAAGUUCCCGCUACAUGCUCAUGACAUAGCUAAGAAGUUGAUCACACCUUUUGUAGACAAUGUAAACUGGCUCAGAAUUGGUGGAAGAAUGACACAAACAACAAUGCCUAUGCCUCAAACCACUGCAAGUUUUUCGUUUUUAUUCAAUUACCACAAGCAUCAUUUGAGGCUGGUGAAAGAGUUGUCCAAUAAAGAUGAUCACAACAAAAACAUGAUGGUUGAGUUGAUCAAGAUAUGCGACGUGUGUGUGACACCCAUAUCUUCUUCUCCAUAUUACGAGUGUGCUCGUUGCAGAUAUUUCGUCCACUCCACUUGCUACUCGUUACCUGAAUAUUUCUAUCCAUUUUUUUCUUCCCCCUUAUUUGGUGGAUGCGAGACCAAUAUUUUGAAUUUUCUUAAUCAUGCAUUCAAACUCUAUACCACCUCAGAAUUGGAUAUGGAUACAAAUCUAUGCAGGUGUAAGUUGUGUGGUUUUGUCACAAAUGGAAGGGUGUAUCAGUGUGUAGUGUGCAAGAUGAUGAUAGAUGUGAAAUGUGCAGCUCUACCAUUAACCAUAAGGCACUCAUCUCACCUACAUCACACAUUCAAAUUGAUCACCAUCACUGAGUGGAAAAAAUGCUAUAUAUGCAGAUCCCACUUGAAUGAGAUGGAUAUCGGAUAUUGCUGCACCAGUUGUGAAUUUGGGUUGCACGUGAAUUGCGCUAUGCUGCCUGCGAGCACAACAAUGCGCGAGUGGGACAGAUACCACUCGCUGAUGUUGUUAUCUGAUGCCGCUCGCGACCAUCCCUCUGACUUUAUCUGUGAUUUUUGUGAAGGGGAAUUGCAUCCCAAGAGGUGUAUGUAUCACUGCCGCCAAUGCGACGUUUCUUUCCACCUUCGUUGCCUCAAGACUGCAUCCGGUGAGUUGAGAAACAUCAAGUUUGGGCGCCAGUUCAAGUUGGAUAAGAUGCACCCUGAUCACCCUCUCACUUUCAGUUGUGUCACCAUCAAGAGAAGGUGUGACAUUUGCAAUGUGACUGUGUAUGACUGCUGUGGAUUUGAAUGUGAAUUGUGUUACUUUGCUGUGUGCCUAAGUUGUGGUGGGAAAGAGUUAGCUAACAAGAUGUAAUUUGCAGGUGAUGUCAACUUCAUUUAGUAGAAUGACUCAACAGAGUGUCCAUGUGUUUGAUACUCUAUAAUAGUAUUGAGUUGUGUUGUAAUGGCAUUUUAAUAUAGUUGAAUUUGAAGGUAUAAUCCCAUUUCAAAUCCUUUGGGGUAUAAUUGUAUUGUAA